GACAGUGGCCUCAGAAACCUGACCUGGUACUCCCAAUGAGGCCUGCUGUGCUGGGAUCCCCAGGCACUGCACCCCCAGAAGAUGAGGGGCCUGUCAUGGUGAAGCUGGAGGACUCCGAGGAAGAGAGUGAAGCUGCCCCAUGGGACCUGGGCCCCGAGGCUGCACGUCUAUGCUUCCGGUGCUUUCACUAUGAGGAAGCAAUAGAACCCCAAGAGGCCUUAGCCCAGCUCCGAGAGCUAUGUCACCAGUGGCUUCAGCCGGAAGUACACUCCAAGGAGCAGAUGCUGGAGCUGCUGGUCCUGGAGCAGUUCCUGGGUGCACUGCCCUCUGAGAUCCAGGCCCUCGUGCAGAGACAGCGGCCAGGCAACCCCGAGGAGGCCGCUGCCCUGGUAGACAGGCUGCGCCGGGAGCUGGGCAGGCCUCGGAGAUGGGUCACAGUCCAGGUGCAAGGCCAAGAGGUCCUAUCAGAGAAGAUGGAGCCCUCCAGCUUCCACUCUCUACCUCAAAGUAAGCCUCAAACUCCAGAGCCUGGGCCAGAGACGCCCCCUGGGGCCAUGCAGAGAUCACCACUGCUGAGCCUUCAAGUGAAAGAGGAGCCAGAGGUUACAGAAGACCCAGAGCCCCUGGAUUUUGGGCCUCUAGCUGCCAGCCAGGAGGCUGCACCCAUCCUCCUGCCUGAGGAGGCCCAGGGCUGUGGAGCAGCGUUGGAUCAGGCCUUUCCCCACAGCAAGAUGGGGCCUGAAUGGCCCUCAUGGAGGCAGCACCCUGGGGCCCUGUGGCAUGAGGAAACUGGGGGCAUCUUCUCCCCAGGGUUUGUGCUCCAGAUGAACAGCGUCUCCACAGGCCCAGGUUCUGAAAGCCCUCCCCUUCACGUCUCCUGGGACAUUGGCAUGGCAGGCCUCUCAGCUCGGACACAGUCACGCUCUCAUGAAGGCGGCUUCGCGCAUGCACUCCUGCUCCCCAGCGACCGGAGCACCGAACAGGACCCCAUGGACGAGGAUUCCUGCCCGAGUGUGGGGCCCACGCUGGUCACCACUACCGCCCGUUGGCACACCCCCAGGGGCCGAAACCGGGGCCGGGGCCGCCCCAGCACUGGGGCAGGGGCAGUUCGGGGCGGCCGUUGUGACGUGUGUGGCAAGGUGUUCAGCCAACGCAGCAACCUGCUGCGGCACCAGAAGAUCCACACGGGUGAGCGACCAUUUGUGUGCGGCGAGUGCGGCCGCAGCUUCAGCCGCAGCUCACACCUGCUACGCCACCAGCUGACGCACACUGAGGAGCGGCCUUUUGUGUGCAGCGACUGUGGCCAGGGCUUUGUGCGCAGUGCACGCCUGGAGGAGCACCGGCGUGUGCACACAGGUGAGCAGCCCUUUCGUUGCUCAGAGUGCGGCCAGAGCUUCAGGCAGCGUUCCAACCUGCUGCAGCACCAGCGUAUCCACGGAGACCCACCCGGCCGCGGCUCUGUGCUCCCCGCCCUUUCUGGCGCGCCCGAGCCCCCGGGCCCCUUUCCGUGCAGCGAGUGCUGCCAGAGCUUCACGCGGCGUGCAGUGCUGCUGGAGCAUCAGGCAGUGCACACAAGCGACAAGUCCUUCGGCUGCGUGGAGUGCGGCGAGCGCUUUGGCCGCCGCUCGGUGCUGCUGCAGCACCGGCGCGUGCACAGCGGCGAACGGCCCUUCGCCUGCGCCGAGUGCGGCCAGAGCUUUCGGCAGCGCUCCAACCUCACGCAGCACCGGCGCAUCCACACGGGCGAGCGGCCCUUCGCCUGCGCCGAGUGCGGCAAGGCCUUCCGUCAGCGGCCCACACUCACGCAGCACCUGCGCGUGCACACGGGCGAGAAGCCCUUUGCGUGCCCCGAGUGCGGCCAGCGCUUCAGCCAGCGCCUCAAGCUCACGCGCCAUCAGAGGACACACACGGGCGAGAAGCCCUAUCAUUGCGGCGAGUGCGGCCUGGGCUUUACGCAGGUAUCGCGGCUCACGGAGCACCAGCGCAUCCACACGGGCGAACGGCCCUUCGCCUGCCCUGAGUGCGGCCAGAGCUUCCGGCAGCACGCCAACCUCACCCAGCACCGGCGCAUCCACACGGGUGAGCGGCCCUACACGUGCCCCGAGUGUGGCAAGGCCUUCCGCCAGCGGCCCACACUCACCCAGCACCUGCGCACCCACCUGCGAGAGAAGCCCUUUGCCUGCCAGGACUGCGGCCGCCGCUUCCACCAGAGCACUAAGCUCAUCCAGCACCAGCGCGUGCACAGUGCCGAGUAGCUCCAGCCAGGACACACUGCGUCCACCUUGGUCAGAACACCUGCCUUACAGGGUUGUUGGGAGGCCAGUGAUUGCAUAGGUACAAGCAGGCCCGCUCAGGGCCUGGUCCCCAUUAGGUGCUCAAUAAACAGUAGAUGGAAAACUGGGUCUUCAGCCA